UGCAGUACAGACUCGCGUAGAUCACGGAGCAGCUCUGCGAUUCACGCGCACAGAAUUUCAAUCCGGACCUGAAGGGUUCGAGCCGCAGCUGUUCUCUGCUACUGUGCGGGAUCCACGGCGACCCAUGAGAACUUUCAUUUGACUUCAUCUUUUCAUUUUUAUUUUUUAUUUUUAGCCAUUUGUCAUUCUUAUAUAUUUUUUUUUUCCUUCAUCCAAUUAUUGAAUUCUUGCUCAUCUUUUCCAAAACUGCCUCAUCCUUUGUGGGAACUCUGGUCAUUUUCCUUAAUUGGCUGAACGGAAUAGCUACCUCGAGACGAGCGUUUGCUUCACGCGUUUGGAAUUGGUACCUGAUUGGCUUGUUGUUCACACCGGGGGGAUUAACUUCCAUGUCGCCACGGACAUCCACAACGGCGGCGACGACACGGGUCGCCUUCCUCUGAGGGGAAUGUACGUUGUUCGCACGGCUGGUUGAUCGGAGAGUCCUCCACUCUGUCAUAUAUUUGAUGAGAAACUGCCUGCUGUCCGCUGCUAUCUCUCACCACGAGCGGGACUAUUAGAGGAGUAGCUCUUCUCAUUAGGAUGGCUCACUGUUAACCGUGUUUAUAUUAAACAGUGUUUUCCUUUCUCUCCUGGAACGGGGAUAUUUAGUUUGGAUUGUCAUAAUCAGCUCUCUCUCUUUUUAGUUUCUUCUCUUUUUUUUUGUUCAAAUUUGAAAUUCCCUCGAAACGGAAUUUGACCGUAACGGUCAUAACGGACGAUGGGCGACUCUCUGUGGAGGUAUUACUUUGGAGUUUUAUUCAUCGCGUGCAAGGUGAACCUGUCCCGCGCGCUCAUCCUCGACUCCAUAUACUGGAACACGACGAAUACCAAGUUUAUGCCAGGACAGGGUCUGGUGCUGUACCCACAGAUCGGGGAUAAGAUGGACAUAGUUUGCCCUCGUGUAGAGGGUGGCUCAAUGGAUGGAGUGGAGUAUUAUAAACUCUAUAUGGUUCCCCGGGAACAGCUGGAGUCCUGUACGGUCACAAAGGCAGACACGCCUUUACUCAACUGUGUGAAACCGGACCAGGACGUCAAAUUCACCCUCAAAUUCCAGGAGUUCAGCCCAAACCUCUGGGGCUUGGAGUUCUUCAGGGGAAAAGACUACUACAUUAUCUCUACAUCUAACGGAACGAUGGAGGGGCUGGAGAAUCAGGAAGGAGGGGUGUGUAAAUCCAAGUCGAUGAAAAUCGUCAUGAAGGUUGGACAAAACCCCUCCGAUCCCAUUUUCCCCAAAGAGUACACCACCAGAUACCCCCCCAAACAUCCCGAAAUAGGAGCCAAGGACACCAAAUCGAAUGAAGUACUUGACAAGCAUGAUGCAUCUCAUCACGGAGAAGAAAAAGGAGAAGGAAAUAAAUCCUCCGUCAUCGGCUCAGAGGUUGCUCUGUUUGCCUGCAUCGCAUCCGCCAGCAUCAUCGUCAUCAUUAUCAUCAUCAUGCUGGUUUUCUUCCUGCUGAAGUAUCGAAGACGCCAUCGCAAACACUCACCUCAGCAUGCCACCACGCUGUCACUCAGCACGCUAGCCACGCCCAAACGAGGUGGUGGCAGCGGCAACAACAACGGCUCGGAGCCUAGUGACAUCAUCAUUCCGCUGCGGACUGCCGACAGUGUCUUCUGCCCACAUUACGAGAAAGUGAGCGGUGAUUACGGACACCCCGUUUACAUCGUACAGGAAAUGCCACCACAGAGCCCAGCGAAUAUCUAUUAUAAAGUGUGAAAACAGACAUGCUUUAUGUGUGCCGUUUUAACUCUAACCACCACAAGCCCCUCAAUGACCCCCCCUGUAGUGCAGGAUUGACGCUUGAGCUCACCCUCAUCCCGCCCCCUCGUGGCUGUCUUAUUUUUUGUUCUUGUUUAUUUUACGGUAUUCCUGAUUAUUUCUCUCAGUAUAGAUGUUGCUGAUGGUGGAGUGAAGCGCCUGAUUCGCUGCUCUUGCACCUGCAAAAACGAAACAAGCAAAAUUGAAGAAAACUGAUAUCCCGUUGGGGGAUUGACGUGCACUAUAACGGACGCUUAGGAUAAUAUAGUGUGUGUGUAUGAGGGAGUGUUUGUGAAUCCAAUGAGCAGGGGAGAGGGGGGUUGAGGGGGUGGGCAUGAGAAAAGAGAUUUAUUUCUCUUUAAUUUCGCUUCAUCAUUCUCCCUUAAAGACACAACACGCUGAGAUAUUGGGAGAGAAGGAGAUGGAGAAGAGAAGUGAUGUAACAGUAUGACAAAGCAAGAAGUACGUUGGGUAUGGCUAAUAGGCAGGAAGUGAAUGAAUCACAUUGGUCACUGCUGAAGGAAGUGGAUUUAUCGAGGAAGCAGGAAGAUGGCGUCCACAAGUCAUUGGACGUUCAGAGCUCACUAUCGGACAUUUGAAUGGACAUAACCUGUUUUCAUGCAUUCACUCGUACUGUUUCAUGUACAUUAAAACACUCCUCAUUUCCACCUCUUUCUCUUCUGCAAAAUGACUUUCACAAUGUUUACUUGAAGUCUUUUUGUAUGGUCAUACGUCUUGCAUUUCUUUCUGUUAUUCCCAGUGCAGUCCACUUGCAAAUUUGUUUGGUAGAAGACUUAAUAGGUAUUGUCAUAGAGAUCCUUUUGUGCUGGUAUAACGUGGUAUGGGAGACUCAAACACAUUUCAUUUCGUGUAUGUUAGCUGCCAAGGGCUGGAAGAAUGAGAGAGACAGUGCAGGAGAAAAAGAGAGGAAAGGAACAACAGGAUGUUAGGUGAAAUGAUCAAUAUUUUGGUACAGUUGUUGCUGUCCUGUUACCUGCUGGGAAGGUGAAGGACCCACGUGAACACUUUAGCAGCACUUUGAAUGCCUCACCAUGUCCAUGUGGAUUAUACGCUCAAGUACAACACAUUUACAGUAAAGAAACAGACAGAGACAGCAGGAAACUAAUUCUAGAAUAAGGCUUAUUGAGCUGUGGUGAGAUCCAUCCCCAGGCUCGUUUGCUAGAGAUGCACGUCACGGCGAAGCUUCCUGUUCCUGAAAUACAAGUAUUUCUGCCAUCACGCAUUCAAACACACAGUGUAGCCAGUGUGGGCCAGUGAUAGUUGAUCUGGUGCUCUCCUUUUUGCUCAAAAACUCAUUAAUGUCAACAUGCAUUGCUAUUAUUAUAAUUGUGAUUUAUUUACUUUUGAAUUAAACACAAAAGAUUGAAUUAGCAUUGCUUAAUGAAUUUGUUUAGAAGUAGAUCAAAACGGAUGGAAAUAGUGCGAGUAGAAUUUAUUUGUUACAUAUAGCACCCAAACAGGAAGGCGUAAAACCGCAAGAAUAUGAAUAAUUGAUGGUAAAUCUGCAUAUUAUGCAAGAUAGAUAGAGUUGUCCUUUUUUGUUAACAAACCAAUUUCUCCAUUUUGUUAUUUGCUUUUUUUCCAUCGACCCCUACACAAAUAGCUGCCUUUCAACCACAAACACACUCUCAAACAAGCGCAUGUGCUUUAUUGCCAGGGAAGGGGCGGGCUAUGGAAGGAGCCAUCUGAGAAAAAUGCAUGCUGGGUUUUAAAAUAGCCGAAAGGAAUGAGAAGGAAGGGCCAGAAAUGACCCAAAGGAAGGGCACGUUUAACGGAGUCCUGACUAAACCAACUUCUCCAGCCUGCCUGUCUCUCUUGAUGAAGCUCAGAUGUGCUCUGGGUUGAAAUUAGGCCUCCUAAUCUGGAUGGAAAGCUGUAGACGUGGGUUAGCAGGCAUACCAGAUGAGAACGAGUACAGGCUAAAUGUAGUCAAUUGCAUGAAACAAGAUCUUUUAGGCUCAUAUUGUGGGAGGUUUCAGGAGAGAGAAAAAAACACAUUAUGAUUUGUGACUGAUGGAGGUCACAAGUGGACUUCGUAUCCCACAACUCCCAAAGGAUUUCAGAACCCCUAUAUUCCCUCCAGUCAGUCCUCUCCUAGUGGUUGUGUGUGUUGUUAUUUGUGCAAACCUCUUCCUAAACAAUGCCAGCCUACCAGCCCAUUUUCAUUUAUUUCCUACAUUGACUUCAAAUCGAAAUCGCUUUUAAAAUGUCCACACAUUGAGGAAGUUUGACCGUGCGUUGCCAUGGUCACACAUUAACUGUUCAUCCAUUUGUUUUCACUUGUUCAUGGAGGUUAUUCAAUCUCACCAAGAAGCCAAGCCUUGUGUGAUCGGAGCUUUGUGUCUCUGUUAGAGGCCACACAAUCUGCAAAUAUGCAAUUUUUAUUUAUUUUUAUAACAAUUGAGGAAAAAAGAUGAUAUACGUAACUAUGGAAAGUGUUCUUAACCAUUGAAAUGAGUGAAACAAUUAAAGAAAAAAUACAGCAUAUGAGAAUACAACAACCCCAGUGUGUUAUUAUUAUUAUUAUUAUUAUUAUUAUUUUGUGCUGUAGGUUCGAGGUAAACUGUGAAAACAUGCACACUUACACACGUAGAAGUCUGAGCAGUUGGAUGAAACUGUAAACACACAUACUAAAAAAAAUGACAAACAUGUUGCUGUUUGGUUGCUGUCCCAUGUGGGCUAAAUAUGACAAUCUCCUUAGUUUCUUUGAAUCUGAAGACACCUUCCCAGCGAGCAGCUUGCAAACUUUCCAGUAACACAGUAGGAGUGAUAGGACUUAACUAGUACUGUAGCUACAGAUGUUGCACCAAUGUUGCCGGACCGUUUGUGACUGAGGGAAAUGUCUUCAGGCCACUGUAAAAUGCCUUGCUUGUAUGGUAACCCUGAGUUUACGGGACUCUAAUUUUUGCACCGUACAUCUGUAUGUAAGAGGCUGUAAAUACGUUAUUGUUUGUAUUGUAUAUGGAUCCCUGGUCUUUAUGAUAGCCUUAUUCUCACAUUUCUAGCAAAUAAAAAGAAAAGAUACGGAAAAAAAAAACAAAAAACAUGAAUCACUUCAGUUUAAAGAGAGCAUACUAAUUUUUUUUGGUAAAUAACUUGUGUAAAUAUUGACGACGAACCCAAUAAAUUGUUUUUUAUAAACUCUUAAAGUAAGAUGUUUUGUAUAGAAUUUGAAUUUUUUGCUAUGUAUUUUAGCUAGCACUCGUCAGAACCCCCCCACUCACCCCUUUUGCACUGUUCCCAUGGUGAUCUGGUUUAAAAAUGGAAAAGAGAUUUGCCAAACUGACUGCUUGCUGCAAAUUUGUGCCAUACGUGUGUACCAUUGAUAUUUAUUUAAUUAGUUAUUUGUUUUUUUGUUUCUACCCAGUUUGUACGCAAAUUCAGUAUUAUCAUUUGAGUUUUUCCCACUUCUCCGUUUCCUGUUAUAUUUCUUCUGUUGCUGUCUUUUCCCGGUGGCAGACACACCCACCCUUCUCUCGCAGUGAGGUCUGAUCAGGACGUGCGGCAUUAUAAAAGUCAUAGAAAUGGCACACAUUCCACCAGUCUGUUACAAACUGAAAAUGUUUUUCAAUAAAAUGUUUUUCCU